AUGUUCAGACCUGAAACUGUCUCGAAAAAGGCAUGGGUCGUGUACAUCAACUACAUGAUCGUUACUAUGCUAGCACAUAACGAAGUCGUCAGAGCUCAAAAGUACAGGGACAACAUGAAGGUGGCGCUUAACGAUAGUAGAAUCUUUCUCGAACCUCACCAAGUCAACCUUCAAGCCCUCAUCAUGCUAGCCGUCCAUGGAGAAGAUUAUGCGUCGCCUAAUCAAUCGUGGAUGCUUGUUGGCCAUGCCUGUCGUCAAGCCGAGGCUUUGAGAUUGCACGCACCGUCUGAACGAGAUUAUGAGACGAGACAGCGAAAACUGAGUCUUUUUUGGCUUCUUUUUGCUGUAGACAAAUCAUGUGCUCUUGCGUUUGGCCGCCCAUGUUCUCUUCCAUCAGCAAGAUACUCUUACGUUCCGCUGCCAGAUUUGCGUUAUUUGACAAGGUUUCAACCUCAUGCGGACUCUCCUGAUGCAGAGAGACGGGCCCAAAAAUCGGUAUUCGGAGGCCAUAUGUUUCUUGCGCGUAUUGAGCUCGCGCAGAUGAUUGGUGUGAGCCUAGACGGGAGCCAUAUCCCCGAGACAGAAGACGGCUUGCGCGAACGUCUGGAAGAGUGGUAUGCUCGAACAGAUAAGGUAUUGAGCGAUACAAUCCAGAAUGAAAGAUAUUUCUCAAGCCCUAACGAACUACGCGAGAUGGAACUGGGCAUUAGCACUAUCAAGUUUGAGUACCUGUAUGUCUCGAUGGUCUUCCUCAAAUCUCAUUCACCUUCUGCCAACUCGAGACUUGAGACUGCGAGGGAAGCCAUCUCUCUUCUUCCUUCGAUGAUCUUCAAUUGA